AUGAAGAGCUGUGGCAGUUAUUUCACAAGUAUCGUUGGCCGCAAAUCGAAGAAAACACAAAAAAGAGAAAAACCCCAAAACCAAAAGCAGCAGCACCAGCAGCAGCAGCAGCAGCAGCACCAGCACCAGCAGCAGCAGCAGCAGGAGCAGCAGGAGCAGCAGCAGGAGCAGCAGCAAAGACUGCUGCACCGCCACCAGGUGCUGCUGCUGCAGCAGCAGGCAAAGCAGCAGCACCACCUGCAGCAGCAGCAGCAGCAGGAAAAGCACCGCCGCCUGCAGCAGCAGCAGGAGCAGCAGGCAAAGCACCACCGCCUGCUGCAGCAGCAAAAGCAGCACCACCUGCAGCAGCAGCAGCAGGCAAAGCACCACCACCUGCAGCAGCAACAAAAGCACCACCACCUGCUGCAGCAGCAGCAGCAAAAGCAGCACCACCUGCUGCAGCAGGUAAAGCACCACCACCUGCUGCAGCAGCAAAAGCAGCACCACCUGCUGCAGCAGCAAAAGCAGCACCACCGCCUGCAGCAGCAACAAAAGCAGCACCACCUGCUGCAGCAGCAGCAGCAACAAAAGCAGCACCACCUGCUGCAGCAGCAGCAGCAGCACCAAAAGCAGCACCACCUGCUGCAGCAGCAGGCAAAGCACCACCGCCUGCUGCAGCAAAAAAGAAACUGCCUCCCCCCAAGAAGGCCUAAAUAG